AUGUACUCUGCAGAACCCCACCAGAACCACACCUUUACGACAGGCAUGACUAGUACUGACGGAGCCUUGGUCAAACAGGAACAACAAUCACAGAAGAUGCAGCAAGCUGUGCGACCAGGGAUCACAUCUCCCGGGAUUUCCGACAUUGCUGCAACGACUACAGACGACUCAGAAACUGUGUCUCCUCCGCCACAUUCAUCAACAUUACACGACGAAAUCACACAAGCUCCCAAACCACGAGGCAGGCCUCCCGGGUCUACUAACUCCGUUUCAAAGCCCUUUAUACUUGUUUCUGGGACUGGUCAGGUCACAGGAAGCGUUGUUGGCUCUGGACCUGGGGUGGGACCUAGGAGAGCCAAGGCGUGCGAAUAUUGCCGGUCUCUCAAGGUACGAUGCAUUCCUAGAGACGAGUCACGACCCACAGAUCCCUGUGUACGCUGUGUCAAAGCCAAAAGAGACUGCAUUUUCCACUUAGGACCACGAAGGCGCAACAGACGAACCGACAAGGUCGCGGCACUAGCAAAAAAGGUAGAAGUUUUGUCUGCGGCGCUGGGACAGCAAAAGGAUGGAAGUUCUCCUGGUUCGGAUGAAAAUAAGCCAGCUUUAACAUCUUCGGGUGGUACCGGAGGUGCAGCCACUGCAUCGGGAACGGCAACAGGAGCAGUUGCAGCAGCCCAAACCGGGACUUCUCCAUAUGGUAAUUUUAUGACCUUUCAAGCGUUCGACAAGAAAAACAAGCCACCUUCACCUAUAGAAAAGAAACCGGCCCUAUCUAUCGGGCCUACCGCACCGACAACUGUGCGACAUCCAAGUUCUCCAGAAACUUCUAUCUUUGAUGGGGCUUCGGGACCCCCAGCGUCUCCAUUUGCAGCACUGGCUUCAUCUCUCACGAACAAGUUAGGGAAUAAUAACAAUAUGAAUAACCAUGCCUCGUUUGCCAUUCCAUUACCAACAUCGACAACUUCAACAGAUUUUGAUAUUGUUGCUAUUCGCAGCAAGCUCAUUAUUCACUGGAAAAGCAUGACGGCUCAGGACAAUGCGCGUGUUGACAGUAUCCGUAAAUCUCCGCGUAUGAGAUCGCCAUGCCUUGAAGAGGAUCUUGUGUCUCAAGGAAUAAUAUCUCUUGAGGAGGCAGAGUUCCGGCUAAUGCUAUAUCAUGAAAAGUUACACAAACAAUAUCCGGUAAUUGAGCUGCCAAGUUCAUCAGUUUACGAGAUGCGCAAAAACUCGCCAAUGCUAUUUUUAACAAUAAUGGCAGUGGUUUCGGGCUCUAUGGAAAGCCCUAAAAGCGGGAAAAAGUUUACAACGGACUUUAAAAAGGCUCUCAUAAUUAACAAUCAGUGGAUUGAUGGCUUAAUGUAUGAAGUCAUGAUUCUAGGGAAGAAAAAUCUGGAUCUUUUAAGGUGUUUGAUCCUAUCAACCAUUUGGUACAAUACACCAGAAAUGCAGCAUUAUCACAAAUCGCAUUUACUUACUCACAUGUGCAUUACUAUGGCCUUUGAUAUGGGCCUCGCUGGACACACAUCGACAUCUUACAAGGGCAAUUCCAAAGAUGUUAAUACAGUUCACCCUCAACCAUAUUCAGUUGGCAGUCGCGGAAGUGUCCGGGAUAUUAAAUAUGACCGAAUACUGCGACCCUUCACAUUACUAGAUCCGCGCACUUAUGAGUGUCGUAAAAUGUGGCUAUGCGUGUACAUUUGUUCCAUUAAUGUGUCGAUUGCACUCAAACGACCUGUUUAUAUGAUGUGGUCACGGCACACAGAGGAAUGCUGCGAAAUGCUUGAAAAGGAAGACCGACCAGAUGACGAACGGUUGAUUGCAACUAUUGCUCGGUUAAACCGGUUACUUGAGGAAAUUUCUUCAUCAUUACAAUCGGGGAAUCCUCAUGAACCACCAGACAUGAAUGAUCCACGGACUCAAACGCUGGUUCGCUCAUUUGAGCAGCAGCUACGCUCACAAUUUCCUCAAGGACUUAUUGGGCGCGUUGCCAACUUCACCUACUCGAUGCUUAUGGACUAUAUUUACUUGCAUGAAAAUGCACUUUAUGUUGCGCUGUCACCGCGUCUUGGACGAUCGCCGUUUAGCGAUUUCAGCCUCGCGCUCGGUGAACUCAAAAUUACAAAUAAUAUUGCCUGGUCUAUUGGGACAUGUUUUACAGCGGCCACGGGAAUCAUUGAUGUGUUUUUAUCACAGUCUUUACCACAACUCGCAUGCAACUCGAUUUUCUCAUAUUCGCGGCUAGUUGUUGGUGUAUCGAUUCUUCUUAAAUUGCGGCAAUUGUUUUUGACUGUGCCAGACUUUAAAGGGGUUUGCAGCGUGACAAGCGCAGAUCUUAAGCGAAUCCACGUGCUUCUUGAGAAACUUGAUCAAGUUGCAGAGUUGUAUCCGUUUGCAAAUACGGCUCUCAACUACUGUCUGGUACUGAGGAUUUUGAUUUAUCACUUUGACCGGCAGCUUCACUUUUACUUUGAAGACCUCAAGAUGCGAAUUGAUCAUGAGGAGAAGGAAAGGCAGAAGGAAAAAGAAAAAGAGCUGGAAAUGCAUUUACAACAGCAGAAGCAGCAACAGCAGCAACAGCAGCAGCAACAGCAGCAGCAACAGCAGCAACAGCUCCAACAACAGCAACAGCUCCAACAACAGCAACAGCUCCAACAACAGCAACAGCUCCAACAACAGCUUCAACAACAACAACAACAGCAGCAACAACAACAGCAGCAGCAGCAGCAACAACAACAACAGCAACAACAUAUUCCUGGCUCUCCUUUGGAUAUUUUAUCAAACGUUGCAGUCGAGUCUUCUUCUUCAGUUGGAAAGCGCUCAAACAAUCUCAAACAAGAGUUUGAGGAGCAAUCUGAGUACUCAGAAGUGCCACCAACUGCGGGAUUCAAUGGGCCCUCAAACGACCAAAACAUUCCUCAAAUGCAGUUUUUCCCAAAUAUGGCACCUACAUCAGUUCCCGAAGGCCCUAUGCAAUCGUUUAACUAUCCUGGAGGCACAGCCCCUGUGGCGGUAUCCGGAGGUGUACCGGGUGUUCUUGGUGUCUCUGAGGUCUCAGCAGUCCCGGCGGGCCCGGGGCCUGCGCUGGGUACGGGAAAUAGCCCGAUGAGCUCAGUGUCUCCGGAAAACCUAUUACCAGCAUGGCUAUUUACUGAUGACUCAUGGAAGGACUUGGUUUUUGGUGCUGAGUCGCUUUCAGGAUUUGAAAUGUUUGGCUAG